AGAAAGAAAAAAAAAUAUAUAUAUAUAUAUAUAUAUAUUUAAACACGGUGUACCUAUAUACGAACGAUUCAUGUAAAAAGGAAAAAUCGUUCGAGAGAAAUUCGUCGAUCUAAUAUCGUGAAUGCUUGGAGAACGUUUGGAGAAUAUCAUCCGAAGGAAGAUAUGGACGGCUCGAUGGAACCAAGAACGUUCGACCUGGUUGAUUGCAUCGUUUUCAUUGGGAUGCUAGGUGUUUCCGCGGUAGUUGGGGUCUAUCAAGCUUACAGAUCUCGAAAAAAUCCGGAUGCUGUGCGAGAGUACCUUGUUGGAAGUCAAAACAUGUCUAUAUUUCCUAUAAGCAUGUCUUUAAUAGCCAGUUACAUUUCCGGCAUUUCGAUGCUCGGAUUACCCGCAGAGAUGUAUGUUUACGGGACUCAACUAUGGACCAUCAUUAUUGCCGAUUGCUUCGUUUCCCUUACUAUGACCAUAGUUUAUUUGCCGGUCUUUUACGGACUUCAAAUUACCUCGUCGUACGAGUAUCUAGAGCUGAGAUUCAAUCGUAUGGUCAGACUCAUGGGAUCGAUCAUAUUCAUUAUCAAAAUGCUACUUUACAUACCAUUGGUGAUAUACGUGCCGGCGCUAGCGUUCAAUCAAGUAACUGGUAUAAAUCUUCACAUGAUAGCUCUUCUGGUCAGCAUCGUCUGCAUUUUCUACACGACGUUGGGUGGUCUCAAGGCCGUCGUUUGGACCGAUACUAUUCAAAUGAUGGUCAUGUUCGGUAGCGUGAUUACUGUUGCCGUAUUGGGUACCAACAAAGUAGGUGGAGUAUCCGAAGUUUGGCGAAGAAACGUCGAGACAGGAAGAAUAGAGUUCUUCAACAUGGACCCGGAUCCAACUAUUAGGCACACCUUUUGGACCGUCGUUGUUGGUAAUUACUUAAAUUGGCUGGCCACUUGUUCGGUUAAUCAAGCGAUGGUGCAGAGGUGUCUGGCUAUGCCGAACUUGAAAAAAUCCAAUAUAACAAUCAUGAUAAUGGCCGUCGGUAUAGUUACCAUCGUUUCCCUAUGCUGUUACACUGGCAUCGUUAUUUUCGCUGCUUUCUACGAAUGCGAUCCGGUAACAACAAAGCAAAUACGGAAACCCGAUCAGUUGUUGCCGUACUUUGUAAUGGAGAUAGCACGAUCGAUACCUGGUUUACCGGGUCUCUUUGUCUCUGGAGUUUUCAGCGCUGCUCUCAGCACUAUGUCCACCGGUUUGAACUCAAUGUCCGGCGUUAUCUACGAAGAUAUAAUAAAGCCAUGCUUGAGAAAACCAAUCUCGAAUGUUGGCGCCAGUCGGAUAAUGAAAGUGAUCGUAGUCCUAAUGGGUAUUAUUUGCGUUGGAUUGGUUUUCUUGGUUGAAAAACUCAGCAGUUUGAUUCAAGCUGGUAAAAGUUUAUCCGGAAUAACAGCUGGUCCACUUUUAGGGAUAUUCACGCUUGGCAUGUUUUUUCCAUUUGCUAAUUCUGCGGGUGCUCUAACCGGUGGUAUCAUCAGUUUGAAUCUCGUUGCCUGGAUAUCCUUUGGCACGCAAGCUGCCAUUUCGAGCGGUAAAAUUACUUUCCCGGUAAAACCAGUGUCCGUCGAUGGGUGCGUCGAAACAUUGAAAGAUACAGCCAGAAAUUUGACGAACAUCGUUGAAGACACAAUAAGAGAGCAACCAUUUUUUCUAUAUCGGAUGUCAUAUCUAUGGUACACAUGGGUUGGAUUUCUCACAGCGAUUUUCAUCGGGAUUAUUGUCUCGUGGAUCACUGGCCCGAAUAAAUACAAAGUGGGGGAUAUAAAGUUAUACACGCCGAUCAUACACGGUUUCUUACGUUCUAAAAUUUCAAGGGAAACGAACAAGAUGGAACUUUCAAGGAGGAGAGCAGAAAGGAAAAAUCUACAUCACUCUUCGGGAUAUUAGCGAAUACUAUAUAUUCUAAAUUACAUAUUAAUAAGUUCAGACUGUGAUUCCUUAGUAAUCGCGAUAUUUAUUAUCGCUCAAAAAAGAGACCCGAUUUGUCACUCUUUCUCUCUUUCUCGAAGAGGGAGAAAAAGAAAGAGAG